AUGAUGAUAUCGCGAAUGAUGACGAUAAGACAAGCGAUUGCUGUGGGUGUUCUGUUGCACUUGGUUGGAGCUGCUUUUGCUUUUACCUCUGGUAGGAACCCGACUUCUUUGAGGCCCCUCCAAUACCUGCACCAGUGGCGACGACAGAGUACUAGUAUCUUGGAGACAUGGGACGAUCGUAGAAGCAUCAGAAGCACUUCCCAGUCAUCACUUUUGCAACUUGGAAUGCAACGAAGUGACAAGACUGCUGCCAUGGCACCAACAUCUGUCAAACCAGCCUUGACGUCAUCCAGUGCACUACAAGCUGCCUCCUUAUCACCCUUGGAAGACUGGUGUGCGCAUGAAGUCGAGGCUUGGUAUCAAAAAGCCGUGGCUGUAAAGUGUCCUUUCUUCAAACGACGAUUUGUGGAUUUGCUAGAUGGCGUCGACAUGGUCCUCAAGUUUCUCGUCAUUCGCCACAAGACGCUAUUUGGUCCACCGCCGGGCCAUCGCAGCAAGUUUUCAUCGGAAGACAAGAUGCGACAUUUAACUUUGGAGCAACGACUCGCCGCCAUUGGGGCCGACUGGAAAUUGGAUACCCACAAGGGAUACUACAUUACGGGACAACUCAACACGACACUCUUUCGAGAUGAUUGCUGGUUUGAUGGACCCGAUCCAGAUAUGCCCGUACAGGGAUUGCGCAAGUACUUGAAUGCCGCAUCACAGCUAUUUGAUAGACGGCAAAGUCAAGCCGAGUUGCUGUCGUUGGAGAUUAUAGACGAACGCACCAUCCUGGCCCAGUGGCGCAUGAAUGGGGUCUUGCGAUUGCCCUGGAAGCCAAUGUUGCCAGAAUGGACCGGGAGUACCACCUAUCACUUUGAUGAAGAAGGAUUAAUCUACCGACAUGACGAAGACUGGGACAUGUCCGUGUGGCAAGCCUUUAUGAAAACAUUUGCUCCUGAUAUGGCCGACAAAAUUUGGGACGAAAAGGAAACUUUGGUCGGGGAGACAAAUUCGCUGCAGUAG